AGUAUUGCUCUCUCUUCUUUCUUGUUGUCACGGGUGUAAGAUGAGCAGCAGCGCCGGCAUGGAGUGCUCGGGAAGAGGUGACGGCGGCGGCGGCAUGGUGGCGCCGCCGUUCGUUGCCAAGACGUACGCGAUGGUGGACAACCCGGCGACCAACGCCGUGGUCGCCUGGGGGGCGGCCAGCAACAGCUUCGUCGUCGCGGACCCCUUCGCCUUCUCGGAGAUCCUGCUGCCCGCGCACUUCAAGCACUCCAACUUCUCCAGCUUCGUCCGCCAGCUCAACACCUACGGCUUCCGCAAGGUCGACCCGGACCGCUGGGAGUUCGCGCACGCCUGCUUCCUCCGCGGCCAGACCCACCUCCUGCCCCGCAUCGUCCGCCGCCGGAGCAUGCGUCCUUCCAAGGACGACAACGAGGAGGAUGAGGACAGCAGCAGCACCAUGUUAGCCAUGGAGGUGGUCCGGCUGAAGGAGGAUCAGAGGGCCACCGAGGACCGCUUGGCGGCGAUGUGGCGACGGGUGCAGGACGCCGAGCGCCGGCCCAAGCUCAUGCUCGCCUUCCUCCUCAAGGUCGUCCGAGACCACGACGUGCUGCGCCGCCUCGCGGCCGGCUCGGGAGCCGGCCAGGACGAGGGCGCGGAGGAGGCCAAGAGGCCGCGGCUGCUGCUCAACGGGGAAGCCCAGAUGCAGGACGCCUUCGUGGGGGAACCCGGGGUCGACUUCACUGGUUUCUACACCGGAGGCGAUGGCUUUAGCGGGGUGCCGGUGGACGACCCGCCGUACGCUUUCCCCAUGGACGGCGGCUACUGAAGUACUGAGUACUGCCACUUGGUUAAGCUGGUGUUUCCAAUUUGUGUACUGUACGUAAUACAUAGGGACUUUUUGAUUUUUUAGACGACGCGGCAAACUACUUUGUGAGCAAGGAGAGGAGACGUUUUGAUGUAUGGUUACUUUGUCAAGAUGUUGUACUGACCCAGUAUCUUGAUCAUGCUCAUAAAGAUAGGGUGUGUCUAUCUAUGUUCAUAGAAUAAGUGUAUAUGAGUGUAUAUGAGGGUCUGUGAUUGUGCA